AUGUCAUCGGGCGGCGCCGGCGGCGGUGGCGGCGGACAAGAUGGCGGCGCGCGGCGAGGACCGGGAGGCUCCGGAGGCGCCCUCGCCGCCCCCGCCGGGCCCGGGCGGCGGCGUCAACGUGUUCGCCAACGACGGCAGCUUCCUGGAGCUCUUCAAGCGCAAGAUGGAGGCGGAGGAGCAGCAGCGGGAGCGCGAGGCGGCGGCGGCGGCGGAGGCGUCGGGCGGCGGCGCCGGCGGUACCGGGGUGGGCCCGCAGCGCGGCGGCGCUGACGGAGCGAAGAGGAGCGGCGGCGCGCUCAGCUUCGUGGGGCGGCGGCGGGGCGGCAACAAGCUGGCCCUGAAAACGGGAGUGGUGGCCAAGAAGCAGAAAACGGACGAGGAGGUGCUGACGAGUAAAGGCGACGCGUGGGCCAAGUACCUGGCGGAGGUGCAGAAGUACAAAGCUCACCAGUGCAGCGACGACGACAAGACGCGGCCCCUGGUCAAAUAACCCCGGCCCCCCCCCCA